AUGGAUCUUCCUGACUUUGUGUUGGCUCUGGAAGGUCCCGCCGCAACCCCGCCCCCCAAAACAUCUGAGAACCCUCCCCCCAAAACCUCUGAGACCCCGCCCCCCAAAACAUCUGAGACCCCGCCCCCCAAAACCUCUGAGAACCCGCCCCCCAAAACCUCUGAGACCCCGCCCCCCAAAACAUCUGAGAACCCGCCCCCAAAUACCUCUGAGACCCCGCCCCCAAAAACCUCUGAGACCCCGCCCCCCAAUACCUCUGAGACCCCGCCCCCCAAAACAUCUGAGAACCCGCCCCCCAAAACCUCUGAGACCCCGCCCCCCAAAACAUCUGAGAACCCGCCCCCAAAUACCUCUGAGACCCCGCCCCCAAAAACCUCUGAGACCCCGCCCCCCAAUACCUCUGAGACCCCGCCCCCCAAAACAUCUGAGAACCCGCCCCCAAAAACCUCUGAGACCCCGCCCCCAAAAACCUCCAGCCACCUGGAGGCGACGUUGUGCUCACUGCGGCUCCGGAAGCCGAAGUUCGUCCUCUACGGGGGGGCCGACCCCGAGGCCGCGGGCCGGGACAUUCGGGGAGCGGUGGGGGUGGUGCCGGCUGCACCUCAGGUCCUGACUGACCGCCCUCGGUCCUGA